UUUUUGGAUGUUAGAAUAACAUAUAGCACAAGGGAUUUGUCGAACCGGGUUUACGCAUCGGAUGAAGCUAGAGAUUGGGCUGUAAAGAAAGCCGAGGAAACGGAAUCGACUCUAGGGUCUGAUUACCCUACACUUGUGAGAUCAAUGCUUCCCUCCCAUGUUAGUGGAGGCUUUUGGCUGGGCCUUCCGUCUCAUUUCUGCAAGAAGAAACUUCCGAGGACAGAUGGCGUAGUUUCAUUGGUCGACGAGCAAGGAGAAGAAUGGCCCGUAAAUUAUUUGGCUCGGAAAAACGGACUAAGUGGUGGUUGGAAGAAAUUCUCUAUUGAUCAUGGCUUGGUAGAUGGCGAUGCACUGAUUUUCCAGUUAAUCCGACCGACCGUAUUAAAAGUGUUCAUUACAAGGGUGGAUGGUUCUGGAAAGACCGAGACCAAUAAGACGAACAAGGUUGAAGAAUCCAUCGAACAUUAAAAUUCCGAGAGGUGGGAAUUGCUAUUUAUCGAUCUCGUCAUUUGCUAAUCGAGUAACAUAUUUUUGAAGGUUGGAAAAAUAGAAGUAUCUUUUGUAGUUAGGACAAGAUCAAAUGUUCUGUACAUGUAAUUAAUUAAGGUGGGGAGAGAGACUCAAGGCAUGAUUGGUUGGGAUAUUAGCUUAACUUAAUUAAUGAUUUUAGUGUUAGAACUUAUGAUUAUCUAUUUGGCCUUGUACUAUGAGAUCUUUUUGCAUCAA